UAGGAAGUUAAUUUCAUAUUAUACUCCUACUUAGUACUUACUUACGUCUUAGCUCUUUGUCUUUGGGUCGAGCAGUGACGAGUGACGACUGACAUUAUAAUUAUAAAUUUCGAUUGUGUCAUUAAUAAAAUAGGUAAUUAAAUUAAGAAAAAUGGCUAAGCCCAAAAAGGAUGAUACAUCUGAAGAAGCAAAAAAAAUCGUCGACGAUGCAAAAAAUUUUAUAGAAAAAGCUAUUGGAGAUAUUGGAAAAACUUCCGCAACGAAGCAGCUAAUUUUAGGAACUGCGUCAGGAUGGAUAACCGGUUUCAUUACUAUGAAAAUUGGGAAACUUGCAGCUGUUGGUAUUGGCGGAGGUGUUAUUUUAUUACAUAUUGCGAGCCAAAAAGGAUAUAUUGACAUUAAUUGGGAUAAGAUCAACAAAAAGGUCGAUAAAAUCACAGAUAAAAUUGAGAAGGAAACUACUGGAAAAUCUCCAGAUUGGUUUGAUAAAGUUGAAAGGUUUGUGGACCGUAAAAUUGAUAAAGCUGAGGGAUUGUUAAAGAAAAAAGAACACAAGGCUAAACGUUGGUACAAUGAUUUUAUUGGAGAUGACAAUUACCGCGCAACUGAAACACACGUAUUUAUGGCAUCUUUUGUUGCUGGACUGGCUGUUGGACUUAUUUGUGGCAAAUAGUUACUUUAAUGGUUCAUGUAGAUAAUGUAUCUUUAGAAAAAAUCUCACAUUGUUUAUUUAUAUAAUGUUUAUUAGAAUUAGUGAUAAAAAUAAGUAUUCCUUAACCAUAAAAUGUAAUUUAUUUCCACAAGUAUUUUAUU